CGGAGUCCUUUGCGCGCUUGAGCUCUGUUCUACUGGAUGCUGAACGAGAGGUGACCGUUAGAACCGCACAGAGAGAGAAGCCUGCGGGGUACAGAACCCUUCUUCUAGCUGCUCGCUAUCAGCUGCGACUGAACGGAGGACAGGAGAGGAACUAACCUAUUUUUCUGACAGAGAGAACCGCUUACCUCACCUGCCGCCGGAGAGGCAUAAAGGAAUACGUUCGCUUUCUCUCGGAGUGACCUAUGCGGCGGCUCUAGAGGUAGAGAGGUACGCCUAACAACCGACACGUGGAAUAUACAUUCAUCUUUUCUUCGUGGUGGAUAUUAUGAGUGGAAAAGCGGACAGGGAGCAGCAAUCUUUGGUCUAUUAAAGGAUUUUUUUUCCUUCUGUGGAUUGUCUGGCUGUGUGUCUGCGUCGUUAGGGGAAUAGGGGAGUAGUGUGCAUAGACUACUAAUCUCUUUUUUUAAUAGAGGAAUAACGAAAUACCGGGAUAUAACGGCUGUCGCAUAACCUACAUUGAGGAGCUUCCGCGGGUUCAGAUGCAUGUGUAGAAGGCACCAUGACAAUAACGUGUUCAGGUCGGCCCAGACCCAGCGGUCCAUGCCUUUCUUCAGGUCUGUGGAGGCGACCAUCUAUUCUCCUGCUCUGUGUGGUCUUGGUGCUGGUUGCAGUCCAUCCAACCGCGGUCCUGGGAGCUCUGGAGCUCCGGCUGGAUGAGGAGCAGCCGGCAGGGACCAUAGUCGGGGACAUUAGUGCCGGGCUACCCCCGGGGGUCACCGCCUCUCUCUACUUCAUCUCCGACCAUGAGGGCACUGGAGUGGGCAGCGACCUCCACAUCGAUGAGACCUCGGGGAUCAUCACCACGGCGCGCCGCCUCGACCGCGAGCGGAAGGACCACUACAGCUUCAUCGCCGUAACCAUGACCGGGGUCACCAUCGAGGUGUCCGUCACGGUCGACGACAUCAAUGACCACGCCCCUGUUUUCCCCAAGCCCAAGCUGUCGCUGAAGAUCCCGGAGCAGACGGCAGUGGGAACCCGGUUCUCCCUGGACCCGGCGUCAGAUGCGGACCGCGACCAGCUGACCACUCAAGGAUAUGUGAUUAAGGAGGGCAACAUCGGUCAGGCCUUCAGACUGGAGACCAAGAGAGGUGCUAACAAGGUGUUGUAUCUGGACCUGGUGGUGAACGGGGUCCUGGACAGGGAGAAGAGGUCCUCGUACAGCCUUAUUCUGGAGGCCUUCGACGGGGGAAGUCCCCGACGCACCGGGCUGAUGACCCUGGACGUCUCUGUCACUGACAUCAACGACCAUGCCCCUGUCUUCAACCAGAGCAGAUACCAUGCCAUAAUCUCCGAGAGCCUACCGCAGGGCAGCAACAUCCUUCAGGUGUUUGCAUCCGACGCGGACGAGGGAGACAACGGGCUGGUUCUGUACGAGAUAAACCGACGCCAGAGCGAUCCUGACCGCUACUUUGUCAUGGACAUGAAGUCAGGGAUCAUCACCCUGAACCGGCCGCUGGAUUAUGAGCUAAAACGCGUCCAUGAGCUUGUGGUCCAGGCCAGAGACAACGCUAGUCAGCCCGAGGUGACGAAUGCCUUUGUCACCAUCCACGUCCGAGACUACAACGACAACCAACCCACCAUGACCAUCAUCUUCCUCAGCGAAGACGGCUCGCCACGCAUCUCGGAGGGCGCCCAACCGGGCCAGUACGUAGCGCGCAUCUCCGUUACCGACCCCGACUAUGGAGAGUAUGCCAACGUCAACGUCUCGCUGGAGGGAGGGGACGGCAAGUUCGCCCUGACCACCAAGGACAGCAUCAUCUAUCUCAUCUGCGUCGACCAGGUGCUGGACCGCGAGGAACGGGACUCCUACCAGCUGAGGGUGAUGGCCACGGACGCCGGCACCCCCCCACUGAGAGCCGAGUCCUCUUUCACAAUCCAGGUGACGGAUGUGAACGAUAACCCCCCGCUGUUCGAUCAGCAGGCAUACAGACAGACCAUUCCCGAGGUCGUCUACCCAGGGUCCUUUGUGCUCCAGGUGACCGCCCGGGACAAGGACCAGGGGCCCAAUGGUGAUGUCCGAUACAGCCUGCUCACGGAUAGGAAGACCCACUCUGAUUGGUUCUCCAUCGACCCGGUGACAGGGAUCAUCACCACAGCGAAGGAGCUGGACUAUGAGCUGGAGCCGGCGCCCAGCGUCACAGUGGUUGCCACUGACAACGGACGGCCUCCGCUGUCGUCGACGGCAAGGGUAGACGUGGUGCUGCAGGAUGUAAAUGACAACAAGCCAGUGUUCUCUAGCGACUUCUACAACGUGACCAUCAAGGAGAACUUGGCUGCCGGGACCUGCUUCCUGGAGGUGACGGCAACGGAUGCCGACCGUGGUUCCUUCGGGGCGGUGUCCUACUCUCUGGGGUCCGGCUCUGGCAGCAGAUUAGCAGCGCCGGUUCCGACCCAGUUCACUGUCAACAAGGAGACCGGUCAGCUGUGUACCAGCGCCACACUGGACCGAGACCAGGGGUCAGACACCUACAACCUCACCGUGACCGCCACUGAUGGGGGGGGUCAGAGUGUGGCGGCCCGUGUGCGUGUGACCCUGGAGGACAUCAACGACAACCCCCCGUCGUUCUACCCCCUCCUUUACACUGUCAGCCUCAGCACUCACAGCCCCCCUGGGACCUCCGUUGCCAAGGUAACAGCAAAAGACCCCGAUGCUGGCGACAACGGCAAGGUGACCUACCGCACUGUGUCGGGGGGAGGCUCCGCCUUCUUCACCCUCAACAAGGAUACGGGCGUAAUCUCCCUUUCAAGGUCGCUCCACGGUAAAGCCAACACCCUGGUGUCCCUGGUGAUCUCAGCGCAGGAUGGCGGUGGCCUGACGGCGCCGGCAAACGCCCGUGUGAAUGUGAGCGUGGUGGGCGGUUCGGUGUCUCCACCGCUGUUCGACCAGGCUCAGUACUACUUCACCGUCUCUGAGGAGGUCCUCAGGGGAACGGAGGUGGGCAAGGUCCACGCCACCGUCAAGACUGGUCUUUCCCAGGAAAUCUUCUACUCCAUCUCGUCAGGCGACCCGGACGGUUAUUUCACCGUGGACUCAACCUCUGGGGCCCUGCGGACCUCCCUCCCUCUGGACCAUGAGGCCCGUCCCAGUCUGGAGCUGGUGGUCCAGGCCCGCUAUGGCUCGCCACCCGCCUACGGAACCACGCGCGUUCACAUCGCCGUCUCUGACGUCAAUGACAACGCCCCGUCCUUCCUCCCCUCCUCCUCCGAGUCCCUACUCCUCCCGGAGGUGACCAAGAUGGGUUCGGUCGUGUACAGGGUCCAGGCGACCGACCGCGACUCCGGUCCCAAUGGGCAGCUGAGUUUCGACCUGGUCUCGACCGGCCCAGGGGGCAGCGGCAGCCAGAGGAUGUUCGGGGUUGACCGGGGCAACGGCGAGCUCCGUCUGAUCGGGGUACUGAACUACGAGAGUGUCCCGCGCUACGAUCUCCAGGUGAUAGCUAAAGAUGGUGGUGCCCCCCAGCUCAGCUCGACCUUCACAUUAGUGGUCCAUGUCCAGGCCCAGGACGCGCAGGGCCCCGCCUUCGACACGCUAACCUACCGUGUGGAGCUGCGGGAGAACACGCCAAUGAAUACACGCUUCCUGCAGGUCCGUGCCCUCAACAGAGAGGCUGCUGGGAACGGCGCUGGAUCCUCUUCCUCAGUGACGUAUAGGCUCCGUCCGGAUGGUGACGCGGCAGGGUUCGGGGUCGCACCUGAUAGCGGGUGGUUGUUUGUUCGUAGCUCACUGGAUCGGGAAGCGAAGGACAUGUACCUGCUGACCGUAUUGGCUAGCUCUGGCCCAGGGGACCAGGGCGUCGCGGGGGUGGGCAGGACGGGCAGUGCCACAGUGAGGGUCUCUGUAACGGAUGAGAAUGACAACAGUCCCCGCUUGAGUCCAGAGCGAGUGUUUCUAGCCGUGCGAGAGAACCUUCCAGUGGGUACGGGGUUCGGGCGGGUGUCGGCCACUGACAGAGACGCGGGGCUGAAUGCCCGACUGACCUACAGGCUUCUACACAGCGACAGACAUUUCCAGAUCAACUCACACACAGGAGAGAUCAGUACCAGGUUAGGUCUCGAUAGGGAGAGGCAGUCUAGCUACCAGCUGGUAGUUGUUGUGCAGGAUGGAGGCACGCCCCCUCGCAGCGCUACUGGUACCGCUCACAUCACUGUAUUGGAUGAAAACGACAAUGCCCCUGUCUUUAGCCACACCCACCCUGAGAAAGAGCUGCUUAUACAGGUGAUGGAGGGAUCCCAGCCUGGCUCAGUCCUUGGUAUAGUAACCGCUAAAGACCCAGAUGAGGGAGAGAACGGAACAAUCUAUUACUCACUGUCAGGUCCCAGGGUAGAUCGUUUCUCAGUGAACCCCGCCACUGGGGAGCUGCGUUCCUCUUCCCCCCUGAGACACAGCGACAGAGCCGAGUACAGCCUGACAGUUACGGCCUCUGAUCACGGCACGCCCCCACACACCUCCACCUGCCUGCUACGCAUUCAGGUUCUGAGCUCCAGUAAGACGUCAGCCAAAAACACCCUCUCCAUGACCCUGAACUCUGUGGAGGGCGCCAUCCCCGGCUCUGUCAUUGGCUCUGUCCGGUCACAUGACCACCGGGACCCACUCUUGUUGGACAGCCAGGUGACGUACGUGGUGGUGGGCGGGACGGACCGGCAAGGGACGUUCAUGGUCGACCGGUUAACGGGAGAUGUGUAUCUGGUCAGAGAACUGGACUACGAAGAGGGGGACAGGUACACGCUUCAUGUUGAGGUGUCAGAUUUCACAAGGGCGUUUCCCAGCAGCCACAGAGUCCAGCUGGACAUUAACGUCCAGGACAGGAAUGACCACGCGCCCCAGUUUUCUGAGGACCCCGUUACCAUAGUAAUACCCGAGAACACCCUGCCGGGAGCCUCAAUCUACACAUUCCAGGCUGAUGAUAAGGACGGCAGCGGCCCCAAUAGCGCUGUGCGGUAUUCAAUAGAGCAUCGCUGGCCUGACUCGCCCAGCCUCCUGACCCUUGACCCCUCCACUGGGGUCCUGACCCUGGGUCAGAGUUUAGACCAUGAAGCCACAGCCUCCCUGGUCCUAGUUGUCAGGGCAACGGACCAGGCGGAAGAUCCGUUGUCACGGCGCUGGGGGUCAGUGACAGCCCAGGUGUUUGUGACGGACGUGAAUGACAACGCUCCGGUCUUCAGCUCCCCUUCUGCCGUCAGCGUAAUGGAGGACCAACCUGUCGGGUUUGUGGUGGUGUACGUGAUGGCUCGUGAUGAGGAUGAGGGAGAGAAUGGACGAGUGACAUACAGAGUCCAGUCAGGAAACAGUGCUGGGAGCUUCAGCCUCAAUCCAAACACUGGCUCUCUGUCCAUUCUGAAGGCACUAGACCGUGAAAACCAGGAGGUGUUCAAUCUGACACUUGUAGCAGAGGAUCACGGGAUGCCGGCGCUGUCAACAAGUCAGGUGCUGUCAAUCCAGGUGAUUGACGUCAACGAUGAGCGACCGCUGUUCCAGGGGGAGGAGCUAGUGGCGGAGGUCAGAGAGAAUCAGGUGGCAGGAACCACAGUGGUCACUGUCACUGCAACGGACAGAGACCAAGGUUCUAAUGGCCAGGUCACCUACGGAGGCUUAACAGAAGACGGCUUCACCAUCAACGCCAUGACUGGAGUCAUCACCACUACCAAGAGCCUGGACAGGGAGACCCAGGACCACUACACGCUUACUGUGUAUGCCAGGGAUGGGGGAGUGCCACCUAACUUUGCCACGGUGGUGGUGCGGGUGUCCGUGCGGGACGAGAACGACAACGCUCCGGUGUUUGCCAGGCCCUGGCACACCCUGGAGGUCCCGGAGAACCAGAUCCCCAUGGAUCUGUGUGUCCUCAGGGCCACCGACACAGACAUGGGCCCCAGCGGAACCAUUGACUACAGGAUCUCUGCUGGCGAUCCAAACGGUGACUUCCAGCUUCAUUCCAGUUCGGGGGUCCUGUCCAUCUCUCAUCCCUUGGAUAGGGAGCUCCAGCCUGGGUACACCUUGGAGGUGGUGGCCCUGGAUCGUGGUUCUCCUGCCCUCAGCAGCACAGCCACAGUAGAGGUGACAGUCCUGGAUGUGAAUGACAACAGCCCCGUUUUCGGUAGUAAAAGCUACACUGUGGAUGUCUCUGAGGACGCAGCCCAGGGAACACCAGUCUUAAAGGUUACAGCCAUAGAUGCAGAUGAAGGGGAAAAUGGUCAAGUUCUGUACUUCCUGAGUCGAGAAGCUAGGGGUGCGUUCACCAUCGAUGAGAACACCGGGCACAUCACCACGGCAGCACCCCUAGACCGGGAGAAGACGGCGUCGUACAACUUCCAUGUGUUUGCUGUCGACCUUUCACCUGCAGAGCCCCGAAACACCUCAGCUCAGGUCACCGUGACAAUCCUAGACGUGAACGACAACGCCCCGUUCUUCAUCCAGGACCCCCUGGUCGUUGAGGUGUCGGCCAGCCAAUCACAGCGCGUGUUGGCCACGAUGCGGGCCGAGGACAAGGACUUUGGCGCCAACGGCUCCGUGUUCUACCGUUUCGCCGCCCCGGUGCGGGGCUUCAGCAUCAACUCGCUGACGGGCGAGAUCCAGGGCACGGAAGGCCUCGGAGGGCUGAGUCAAGCCCAGAGGAUGCUCAUCGUUGAGGCCAUGGACCAGGGCACGCCGACCCAGUCCAGCAUGGGCGUGGUGGUGGUCUACGUGAAGGAACAGGAGUACACGGGCAUUCGUUUCCCUAGGAACGCCAGGGACGUCAGCAUACAGGAGAACGCUGCCAAAGGUACAGCAGUUGCCCAGACCAAAGCCCAGUUUCCUAAUGGUACUCAGAAAGGCAUCCGUUACAGCCUCUUCUCUGGCAACCGACAGCAGGCUUUCAGCAUCAGUACCACGACAGGUGAGAUCUCUGUUCAGAGUUCAUUGGGGUUGGACUUUGAGGACACUCCCCGACUCCGGCUGGUGGUGAAGGCUGAGACAGCCGGGUCCACCUCCUUCAUGGCAGUUAACUUGAUCCUCCAGGACGUCAACGACAAUCUGCCGCGCUUUCAGCUGCAGAACUACAUAGCAUACAUGAGAGAGGCUCAGGGAUAUGACCGGCCUAUCAUACAGGUGGUAGCUGAGGAUGUGGAUCAGGGCCAGAACGGUCAGGUGACUUACUCCAUCCAAUCAUCUGGAGGCAUGAGCGGCCUGUUCAAGAUCGACCCGGUCACAGGAAGCAUCUCCACGGCUGCCAUCAUGGAUCGAGAGAUCUGGAAACAGACCAGGUUGGUUGUCACGGCGACAGACAGGGGAAGCCCGCGGUUGGCUGGUUCAGCCACAUUAACUGUGAUCAUCGUAGACCUGAAUGACAACAGUCCCACCAUCCCUCUCCCGACGGAGGUGCGCAUCCCAGAGAACACCCUGAUCGGCACGGAGAUCACCUUGGUGACAGGCAACGACGUGGACUCCAGCCCGGCCCUGUCCUACAGCCUCCAGCUGGGCGGUUCGGCCCAGGGGACAUUCGGGAUCCACCGCUACAGUGGAGGGCUUUCCUUGACCGGGCCGCUGGACUACGAGGACCGGACCUGGUACAUGGUGACCGUCAGGACGACGGACUCCCAGCACCAGGCAGAGGCGAACAUCACCGUACUGGUGGAGGACGUCAACGAUAACGCCCCCGUGUUCACACAGGAUCUGUACCAGGUAACACUGCCUGAGCACGGCCCUCCCGGCAGUCCGGUUGUCACGGUGACGGCGACGGAUCGCGACUCGGGGGACAAUGGGAAGGUGACCUACAGAGUUCAGUCAUCAACACGAGAGGGCUUCUACGUUGACCCCAGCAAUGGUACCCUGUUCAUCAAUGAGAGGGCCGAGUUUGAUCCAGAGAACCCGUCAGUUAGUGUGGUCGUCGAAGCCCGUGACGGUGGUUCUCCACCGCUCUUCUCCCUCACCACCGUGCAGGUCCACCUGUCUGACGUUAACGACAAUGCUCCCGUUUUUCACCAAUCAGAGUACAGGGCGACUGUGUCGGAGGAUUCCUUCCCCGGGGUGACCAUCCUGACGUUGGAGGCUGUGGAUGCAGACCUGUCCCGGGACAACCGCGGUUUGGACUUCGCCAUCGCCAGCGGCAACACAGGGAACAUCUUCCAGAUUGAGAGCAGUGUGCGCUUCCAGGAGGGGCGGGGCUUCCAGACUGUGGGGAUGCUUCUGUUGGCGGAGAGCCUGGACUUUGAGGCCACGCCCCUCUAUAACUUGACCGUGGUGGUGUCGGACAGGGGGGUUCCGCAGCGGAGCUCUAGUGUUGCUGCGGUGAUAACGGUUGGAGACGUAAACGAUAGCCCGCCGGCGUUCAGCAGGGGGGAGUACACAGUGUCCCUCAGCGAAGGAGCGGCCGCCGGAACCGAGAUACUUCGACUGACUGCCACAGACCCAGACACAGCCCCCAACGCAGAGGUCCAGUACAGCAUCAGCUCCGGCGAUGAGAUGAACCUGUUUUCGGUCGACCAGUGGACGGGAGCAUUGCGGUUACAGCGAUCUCUUGACCGAGAGCAUCGGUCCUCCCACGUGGUCAUUGUCCAGGCCUCAGACGGCCUUGGUCACUUCGCCCUGGCCCCAAUCAGUGUUGAGGUCAAAGACGUCAACGAUAACAUACCAUUCUUCCCCAUCAAGACCCUGACUGCCAGCAUCAGAGAGAACCAGCCUGUAAACUCGGUUGUGACAAUACUCCAUGCUAUAGACCAUGACACUGGGAUGUAUGGCCAGUUGAGAUACCACAUGGCAGAUCGAGGUCAAGGGGUCAAAGGCCGAGAGGCCUUUACCGUGGACCCCAGUUCAGGAGAGCUCAGGACCAAGAUGAUCUUUGACUUUGAGAAGGUCAACACGUUUAGUUUUGUUGCCCUGGCAGUGGACGUAGGCAAUCACUCUGCCUCAGUGACAGUCCAGGUGUACGUGACGGGCGAGGAUGAGUACGACCCGCUCUUCGUCUCGCCGCAGUUCUCCUUUGAAGUCCCAGAGGGGGCGAAGAAGGGUCAGAGCAUUGGCCAGGUCCAGGCGAACGAUGAGGAUGGCGGUGUGGACGGCAUCAUACUCUACUCCCUCCCCAACACUUCACCGUACUUUGACGUCAACAAGACCACCGGGGUGGUCUUCCUCAAGAUGGACGGGUCAUCUAGUCGUAGCAGUGGGUCCGGAGGGCGAUCUAAACGUGAGACCCGGACCAUGACGCUGGAGGUCCAAGCCCACAGCCCGUUGGACACAUCCCGCGUCACCACCGCCCAGCUGAACAUUGACGUGACCAACACCUCCUUCGGCUUGGGGGCGGACCUAGACGUCUUGAUGAUCAUUGUCAUUGCGGUGUCUCUCGGGGUGGUGGUCCUCCUCGUGGUUAUGGCAGUGGUCAUCUUCCUGGUCAAGUCCAAAAGGCGGAGGACUAAAAAGGAACGGGAGAACAGUACUAUUACUUCAGGAACCGCACUGCAGACAGUCGACGAGUCCGGGGGUUCAAGUAGGAUUUAUCAUCAGACGUUACCAGGGUAUGCCGGCGACCAGUGCGGAGCCGGGGGUGGUCCUUACACCCGCGGGGGCUCCCUCGACCCCUCCCACUCCAGCGGGCGUGGCUCGGCCGAGGCGGCGGAGGACGACGAGAUCCGCAUGAUCAACGAGUACCCCCGCGUGGCCUCUAUCUCCUCUUCCAUGCAGGAGCACAUCUCGGCCCGUGGGCCGGACUCCGGCAUCCAGCAGGACGCUGACCAGCUGUCAGACGUUUCCUGUGAGCCGGCGGCGCUGGAGGGAAGCACCUGGUUCAAAGGCAAAAAGCUGGGCGGGAGCCUCAGCGGUACCCUGCUGUCCGGACAGCUGCCUGUCUACAGGGACGAGCUGGGGGGUGGCUACCUGGGAGUGGGAAGGGGGCUCAACAUCUCUCACCCCAAAGACUACGCCUUCCCUGAGGACGGAAAGCCCUCUGUGGAUGGGUCGCUGACGGCCAUAGUAGCCAGCGACGAGGAGCUGAGAGGUAGUUAUAACUGGGACUACCUGCUCAACUGGUGCCCGCAGUUCCAGCCGCUGGCCAACGUCUUCACGGAGAUUGCCCGGCUGAAAGACGAGACAGCUCCGCAGAACGAGGUCAAUCCGCGUCGGCCCUUCCAGCCCAAAGCCAAGACAGACCCCAAGCCUCGAAUCGACCCCCCGCCCCUCAUCACGUCUGUGGCUCACCCCGGGGCCAUGUCUGUCCCCCCGAAAGUCCCCGUCAUAGGACGCACCUUCCCCCACUUAGCCGCGCUGCGACGAUCCCCCAUCAGCCACGAAGGCUCCAUAUCUUCUGCAGCCAUGUCCCCUAGCUUCUCCCCUUCCUUGUCCCCCCUGGCGGCGCGCUCCCCAGCCGUCUCACCCUUUGGGGUCACCCAGGGCCCGUCGGCCUCCAUGAUCAGCACCCGGGAGCCAUCUCUGGACCACAGCCCUGACCACGAGAUGAGGAUUUAAAAUCAGUUUUCUUUUUUAUUAGGGGUUUUACAGUGUUAUUUCUUCAAUGGACUUUUGUAAUCUGAAAGCAUGAUUGGUUCUCAGAUCUCCAUUUCUAUGACAGAUGAUGUUGUAAGAUGUAAAGUGUUUGGUUUUAGAGAAACUUUUCCCUGGUGUACAUUUACCCUUCUGAAGUGAGAACCUAACUCUGGGUCUUAGAACACAAUUCUAGGAUGACUUUUCGGUUUGUCCUUCUGAAAGGAUUGGGGGGAUUCAGUGUUCUCUAUGAACUUUUGGACUAGUGAGACCAAGUGAGUGCCAAUAUGAGGAUUGAAGAACAUGGGAGGUUCACAUUCAUCCUUUUUUUCAGAAGGGUAAUGUGGAUUAUAAUAUCCUUCAGAAUGUCUUUUCUCAUUCUUAGAGUACUUUUGACCUAUGGCCUUUCCACCCCUCCAUGGAGGAACCGUGCAAAUGUGGCAAGGUCAGCAUCGACAGCAAACCAGACCUCUGCUCCCUGGCACGUCCACCAUUUUGUAGGGUGAAAGGGUCACCAUUGACUUACAGCAUGACACAGGCCUCUCAGAACUGCCCCAGGGUUAGGAGAUCAAGACGCCUCUCGGCUGCAGAAGGAUCCAACCCUAGUCUGCAGCCACCUGCAGCUGCAGACCCGCCCUGCCUGCAGGUCCAAGGCCCACAGUAGUGAAGUGUGUAGAUACAUUGAAUGUGUAGUGUUCGCGUCACUCCUCGCUGGCUGGCCAGAGAGCUGAAUGCUCCACUGUUCCUCUCUUCUGUCUGUUCACGUUCAAGAACUCCAUUUACAACCCCAGCGUUUUCUUUUACGGUGCUCUCAGAAACAAAAUGGCUGCUCACAUUACAUACAAGAUGGCUGCUUGACAAACAGCUGUAAUUUCUCCUUCUGUGGAUCCAAUGGACUAGGUGCACUGGUUGAAAAGACAUCUACUAGCCAGUGUACUUUGGAAAGAGAUUGUUUUCCUUUGUUGCUAAGCCACAGAAGAGGCUUAUUUGGUUUUGUUCGUAUUUUUUAAUAUAUAUUUUUAUAAUGAACUUUAAUUUCUAAUUUGAAAUGCCAGGUUAUCAUUUCAUUCUAUUUACAUGCGUGUAUAUUUGUAUGUAUGUAUAUGUACAUGUAUGUAAAUUCACAUAUGUGUACAAACGUAUAUGUACACAUAUGUACAUUUACAUGUAUGUUUUCUUGUCAUAGGUUUUAGUGCCACUGUGUGUGUUAGUGAACUCCAGACACUAGAGAAGAGAGUGACUGGGGGACCGUGUUUUGAUAGCUAUUUAUAUGAAGAAAAUGAACUAACAGUCAUGUUGACGGCAGGAAAUCACAUUCACUUUCAAUAUCCUGUAUUGUAUCUUGAAACUAUAAAUUUUUGUCAAAAUGAAGAUCUUCCGAAAAAGAAAUCCCAGCAAAAAUGUACACACAACCAGAUGAAGGAUGGAACCACAGACUAUCUUAGAGUUCAUUCACGAUCUAAUGGGAUAUACUGAUCCUAGAUCAGCACUUCUCCUCUGAGAGGCUUUGUGGAUACAGGCAUUAGGACACAGCUGUCCUCACUCCGGGCAUAGUAAAACAUAACUGGACCUGUUUUCAGCUGUAAUGAUCCAUUAGCAAUCUACAGAACUAGUUCACUCUGGAGAUCAGGGAGAGUUCUGUGUCAUGUUCACCUGUGUCACUUUUAAAUGCUUCAGGAUCAACUCAAAGGUCAAUCUUGUGAUGUCGUCAUAACCGUCAUUGUUUUUUUUUUUUCCUAUGAUGUGGUUUCUAAAAAUGGCCAAAGUCAUUGGCUGAUCUUGGCUAUAUUGUUAACAGCUAUGAUAACAAAAACAAAUUUAUUUAUUAUUUAAGGUUAAGGAUAGGGUAGCUUGGUGUUACAUUUGGUUUAUGGUUUGGUUUAAGGAGAGAAAAUGUACGACUAUAAAUUGGCUAAAUAGUGACAACCUUAUUGUUGCUAUUCACUGAAGUGUCAGUGUCAAUUGUAGUUGGAGCUGUUUGUACAUGACUAGCUAAAGAUUUAGGAUCUGAAAAUCAAAUGUCAAUUUAACUCAGGCUCGUCAUGCUCCCAAUCCAAUACCUGUGGCUUCCAAUAUAUAUAUAUAUAU